AUGCAUCAUCAUCUGUAUCGGCAGAGUAAAGCGAGAAGGGAUAUUCUUCUUCCACAAUACCAUCACAUAUUAAGACAACCCGAGGCUGACCGUCAUGACCACCACAACCUGUGUCACGUCCAGCAAGACAUGCACUGUUCAAGGGACAACCUUCACCUCCAUCUAAACAAUAGUGAGAGUGACACCAUUGAACUGCAGCCAUAUCGCCUCCGUCAAGCCCCAAGUGCCAAAGAGACGGUUCAUUGUUAUUUUUGUCCUCAUUUUCGAGGUCAGGAACCCUGCCUCAAAAUGAACAACAUCGAAUCCGACCCCCGUGUUCACCACAAGACCUGCUACCAUAACCGAGAUAAAAGCCGAUCUAUUCAGCUCCCACCCCGAUCUCGAUCUUCCGACUCGAGUGAGGAUGAACAAUACCGCUACGACACUGGCCAUCAUCCUGUUCAAGGAAUCCACUCCAAUGAGCGACAAAGGCACCCACCCCCGGCCAAGCACUUCCACCCAAAAAGCUCAAAUGACCUAUUUGACCGCGUCCACCGGCACGCUGAACCACCAGCACGAAGUACUUCUGCUCGUGCUACCGUGUAUAAGUCACAUGAGAAAGGGUGCGGUAGCAACAUAAAAGCCGUUAGAUUCGAAGAGGAUGGCAAGACGCCUGAAUAUGGCGAGACCCACCGUUCAAAUUGUCCUCUGUAUCAUACUCCAUCCCAUCUGGAGGACCAGUAUUAUUCUCGUCGCAAUUCCCAUCAAAAUGAGCCUCAAUCUCGAGAAUCGCGAACUUACAGGUGGGUUUGGGGCCCUCCGUUGCCCGCGGCGGUCCCUCGACGUGGAAAGAUUUAUUAG